UAUCUCCUAAGCUUCAUAUCCCCAACUCUCCCUUUCUCCCUCGCAAAUUCCCAACCCCAUCUAUGGCUGCCAACAGAUUGAUGAGCUGCGGCAUCGCCGCCGCAUUCCCUUCAGUUCUUUCUUCCUCUAAAUCAAAGUUUGCCACCGGAGUCCCGCUUCCUUGCGUCAGCACCAAUGCUGCGCGAUUUACCAUGUCUGCUGACUGGAUGCCCGGCCAGCCACGCCCACCCUAUCUGGACGGUUCUGCACCAGGGGACUUCGGAUUUGACCCACUUCGUCUCGGUGAGGUUCCGGAGAAUCUUGAGAGAUACAAGGAAUCUGAGCUCAUUCACUGCAGAUGGGCUAUGCUUGCUGUUCCGGGAAUGCUUUUACCGGAGGCAUUAGGAUUGGGCAACUGGGUGAAGGCUCAAGAAUGGGCAGCAAUUCCCAGCGGCCAAGCGACUUACUUGGGACAGCCUGUUCCAUGGGGCACCCUCCCCACCAUUCUGGUUAUCGAGUUCCUUGCCAUUUCCUUCGUCGAGCAUCAACGGAGCAUGGAGAAAGACCCUGAGAAGAAGAAGUACCCUGGCGGUGCAUUUGAUCCAUUGGGAUACUCUAAAGACCCCAAAAAGUUCGAGGAAUACAAGGUCAAAGAAAUCAAAAACGGUCGGCUGGCAUUGUUGGCAUUUGUGGGGUUCUGCGUGCAGCAAUCUGCAUACCCUGGCACUGGACCUUUGGAGAACUUGGCAACUCACUUGGCUGAUCCAUGGCACAACAACAUCGGGAACAUCAUCAUCCCCAGAUCAAUUUUGCCUUGAAUUUGAACAAAAUCUCAAUCCAAAUUCCACUGUAAAAUUAAACUUCAUGUGUAAUCAUUUGUAAUGAAUCAGAAAUUUGAUGUCUUUAGUCUCUCUAUUGUCCAAAAACUCCAAGUGUUGUGAAAAGAACUGCAGCUUUAUUUCAUUUAAAACUGAUAUGGCUAUGUAUUUAGGCUUGGGAUAAAUUUGUUUUGCAUAA